AGUGAAACUAGGAGGUGUAUGACUCGGAACAGGCGAUUAAUGCGUUUGAGAUAGCAUAAAGAGACUGUGAAGGACUGAGUCACCGAGUGGCUGUCUUAUACCAGCAUUUAUCACACUGUGUACUUCCUCAGUCAGAGAAAAGAGAAGAAAUAAGUCAUAUGGGUUUGGAAGGACUUGAGGGUGGUGCCAGCUUGUGUGUGGGCAUCUUGUGGAGUACGUGAGGAAGGCAUUCAGAUAUGGCAGCCAAUAAGAGUAAGGGUCAGAGCUCUCUGGCUCUGCACAAGGUCAUUAUGGUGGGCAGUGGAGGUGUAGGAAAGUCCGCCCUCACACUUCAGUUUAUGUAUGAUGAGUUUGUUGAAGAUUAUGAGCCCACAAAGGCUGACAGCUACAGGAAAAAAGUGGUGUUGGAUGGAGAAGAGGUGCAGAUUGACAUUUUGGACACAGCCGGGCAGGAAGACUAUGCGGCGAUCCGAGACAAUUAUUUCCGCAGUGGAGAGGGUUUCCUGUUGGUGUUCUCCAUAACAGAGCAGGAGUCUUUCACGGCCACUGCAGAGUUCAGGGAGCAGAUCCUGCGGGUUAAAGUAGAGGAAGAUAAGAUUCCACUGCUAGUGGUUGGAAAUAAGUCAGACCUUGAGGAUCGGAGACAGGUUUCAGUGGAUGAGGCCAGGGGAAAAUCAGAGGAGUGGGGCGUGCAGUAUGUAGAGACUUCUGCCAAGACACGUGCCAACGUGGACAAGGUGUUUUUUGAUCUAAUGAGGGAAGUUCGGGCUAAAAAGAUGUCAGAAAAUAAGGACAAAAAUGGGAAGGGAAAGAACAAGAAGAAUAAGAAGAGCUUCAAAGAGCGAUGCUGUUUACUUUAAACAACUCAUGGACUUUUACACACCAAAUCAGCUUGCAGCUCUGUGGGAAACUGAGUCCAAGACUUUUUUCCCCUUUAAAUUAAAACUUGAUUAGUACGGUAUUGUACUGGCCAAGGUAAGCCUUUAUCACAAUUGCAAUCUUUCAUUCCCUAGCUCAUUCAAAUAACAAGACAAAGAUAAAAUGUUAUUCAUACUUUUUUAAUGGAAUGAUCACUAGUUAAAGAAGACUGUGGCACUUUAGGAUGGAGGUGGCCAUCAUGUGCUCAGCACUAUCUUUAUUGCUCCAUAACUGUGUAAAUCAUCUUUAGUCAACAAAGUUACUUUUUUUUAUUGCACACAUUUGAGUAUUUCUUGAUCAUUUUAAUCUAAUCCUUUUAUUUCAAUAUUAGGAAUUAACACCUGUUGACACCAUUAUGGCAUAGAGAGCAAGUAAUCUUAGAUUAAGACGUUCCAUAUUUUAGUACUAUGGUGUUCAUCUUUGAAAACCUGUUGAAAAGCACACGUGAACCUAGUGCUGUAGCACAGACUAAUAGGGCCACCUGGUGGUUCAAACGUACAGUCUUCAUGCCUGCAAGUUAUUAAAGCUGUGACACUGAUUUGCCUUCAUGCUUUCGUGUUGUAUUUAAAAAAAAUCUUUUUUUUUUUUUUUUUGUAUAGAACUUUUGUAGUUACAUUUCCACCACUGUCUUAUGAGAAGAAUGUGUAAUGUGUGAAAAUGUGCCAACAAAGAAAACAAUUCUCUCAGCAUUCUCAGACUGAAAGUUGGAAAGUAGGACAUUUUAUUUUGUUUAAUGCUCUUUAACUGUUGAGGUGCUAAAGUUUCACCAUUACUUUCCAACUGCUCUUUUAUACAAAUGUCACCUGUAACAUUUGUAAUGUUGUUUUUCCACUGGCUUUUAGAUGGAAAAACUUUUAAGUUUGUUGCCAAAUAAAUAUUAUCCCUCCUUUGUA